CAUUCGCUCGCUCGCUCCUCCGGGUGCCUCAGCAGAGUCGUCGUUGCACGAGCGGAUGUGAAGUCUCUCCUCCCGAGCGUCGCCGGGGGUUCCGCUUGGGCAUCGCCGCACAGCUUCUGCGUGCCCAUUUCUCCUGGCCCGAGAAGACAAAGAGGAAAAAAGCUACAUUUUUAAAAUAAAAAUAAUAGUGUCGCUCGCGGCAGCGCUUCCCCACGUCGGUGAAAUCGAAGUGCGCGCGUCGAGACGUUCCGGGGAGGUUCCUGCCAAGAUGGUCGGCUCCCAGUCGUCGUCGGGCCGGCCUCCGGCCAUCCCAGAGCACCAGGAGGCCGCGUUCGAGGCGGAAGAGCCGUGGUUGGUGCCGGAGACGGCCGUGCUGCUCACCGAGGGCCCGGCCCCGCCGAUGAGCGCGGUGCCUCCGGCCACGCCGCCCGAGUCGAGGGAGGUCGCCCGGUCGCGCGUGCAGCGCCGUAAGAGCGACGUGCGCGUCUACAAGGAGUUCUGCGACUUCUACGCCAAACUUAACAUGGCGUCGGCGUUGGCGAACGCGGCGUGCGAACGCUGCAAGGCCGGGUUCGCCGCCACCGAGCGGAUCGUGAACAGCAACGGGGAGCUAUUCCACGAGAACUGCUUCGUGUGUGCGCAGUGCUUCCAGCAGUUCCCCGACGGACUCUUCUACGAGUUUGAAGGCAGGAAAUACUGCGAGCACGACUUCCAGAUGCUCUUUGCUCCGUGUUGCGGGCAGUGUGGCGAGUUCAUCGUCGGCCGGGUCAUCAAGGCAAUGAACAACAGCUGGCACCCCGAGUGCUUCCGCUGCAACAUCUGCAGCGAGAUGCUGGCGGACGUCGGCUUUGUCAAGAACGCCGGCAGACACCUGUGCCGCCCGUGCCACAACCGAGAGAAAGCCAAGGGCCUGGGCAAGUACAUCUGCCAGAAGUGCCACGCAAUCAUCGACGAGCAGCCACUGCUCUUCAAGAACGACCCCUACCACCCGGACCACUUCAACUGCACCAACUGCGGCAAGGAGCUGACGGCCGAUGCACGCGAGCUCAAGGGGGAGCUCUACUGCCUGCCCUGCCAUGACAAGAUGGGGAUCCCCAUCUGCGGCGCGUGCCGUCGCCCCAUCGAAGGCCGCGUCGUCAACGCCAUGGGCAAGCAGUGGCACGUGGAGCACUUUGUGUGCGCCAAGUGCGAGAAGCCGUUCCUGGGACACCGCCACUACGAGCGCAAGGGGCUGGCGUACUGCGAGACCCACUACAAUCAGCUGUUUGGCGACGUCUGCUACCUGUGCAACCGGGUGAUCGAGGGAGAUGUCGUGUCGGCCCUCAACAAGGCCUGGUGCGUGGGCUGCUUCUCCUGCUCCACCUGCAACGCCAAGCUCACCCUCAGCACCAAGUUUGUGGAGGUCGACCUCAAGCCCGUGUGCCGCCGCUGCCACGAGCGCUUCCCGUCGGAGCUGCGUGGCCGCCUGGCGCGGCGCGAGCGCAAGGAGCGCCGCAAGAAGAAGGGCCGCCGCGACGGCUGCCUCUGACGGCGGCCGACUGCUCUGCGACCUUCGGCCUCCGCCGACCUGCCGGCCCCUCCCCCGCCACCGCCACGAUCUGAACAAGUUUGUGGAGUUUGACAUGAAGCCAGUUUGCAAGAAAUGUUACGAGAAGUUCCCACUGGAGCUGAAGAAACGUCUGAAGAAGCUGGCCGAGGAUCUGGCGCGCAAGUGAUGCGGCACGCACGCACGCACACACCCGCGUACGUACGUACGUGCGUGACGGACCUGUGCGUUCCACACAGACACACACAUAGAAACGAGUGUAACGCUUUUGUUUGUAUGACUACACACACACUCGCACAUACACGGCGUACGACUUACAUGGGUGUGUCGCACCCGGUUGGCUACGUACGGCGCGAAAGAAGUUCAACAUACACACAUACGUCACAUGCACGCGUGUACGCACGCAGAGACAAGUGUACAUCCGUAUGGCUACACACGCACGUGCCCGCACACUCCUGCCAGACGUGGCUUCUGCAUGUCACACUGGUCCGUCGACAAGCACACACGCGUAUGUUUGUACGUGCGCGCACACAAGUAUAACUACGUUCAUACGAUUACACACACACAUGCACGCACUCGCAGACACACACACAUACAGCCGAAGUCUCGAACCACAGAAGCAGAGGCUUGUUGCCAAGCAAGCGACUAUCCUCACCUCCCCGCUGGGCUGCCCUCUUACAACUUCACUCCCCAAAGCAAACGGUGCCUUAAUGUUACCAGCGCAGAGAUAAUCGUCGCGCGUCUCUUUUCACCGCGUACCCCCGUUGUUGUUCGCGCCGCGCAUUAUCAUUGUUUGGGGGAUUUUUUUUUAUAUUUCGGCGAGAGCCACGGGCCGACUCCGUCGUGCCGCCCGUGCCGUCCGUGCCGUCCAUGCCGUCCGCUCGCCAGAGGAUUGUUUAUUCUGCCGGCGUGGUGCGGUACGGGGCUCGCUGCGCCACCGCUGCCUCGCCACGGGACCGCGUCGUGAGCGUCUCAAGAGAGCGCCCUCCACGCUCUGUCCUCGCUACACAGGACACGGGGUUGUGAUUGAAAGCUUUCUCAGGACUGGUCUUUGCGCGGGGGUGUUUCUACAUCUGUCAGGUUGUCAAGGUGAACCUUUGCCUCUUAUCGCAUCGCCGCUCGUUGCGGAGAUUCGCAGUUCGAAGCCAGCGGCCGCCCUGGUUGUUACUGCGGUGUGCGUUCACCGUAGAAAUGCGACGUGCCACGUCCGCUUCACGGUUAACGUGACUUAAAUCGCAAGAGUAAGCCAUUGGUGUGCCGGUGUAGCGGUCGAAAUUUGCGUGAAAAGUGACGCCGCAAAUCAAUUCGGUUGGAAUCUCCGUAGAAAUCCUUGCCACCUUCUGCCGACAACUUUGCAGGAGACGAUAAUAAAUGAGAAUGAAAAUUUCUGAUGCCAAUGCAAAGCUGGUAGCCGGGUUGCGCUAGCCUGAGCUGCCUUCCGACAGCUGACCUCGGCAAAGAGCAUCGCGCCGGCCAGUGCGGGCCCCGAGCGUGCAAGCUCUCCAUGUCAAUGGACGAGCGACUUCCUCAUUGAUGAGUGGGCGCUCCCCCUACCGCUCCCAGUGAAGGCGGCGGCAGCAGCGGCGGGGUUCAACUUCACCUGACAGACGGUAGCCGCAUUAAAACCCAGUCCUGGAACUUGUCUUAAUCAAAGCCUUCUUGUUUGCUAGCGCACACGCGCGCAGACGCACACGCACGCGCCUUCGCAUCGAUGCUCAGUUUGUAAAACACCGACAUAGACGGAUGCCGGUGGUUCUCUACGUAUAUAUUCAUUCAUUCAUACGGCAGCAUACGAACAAAUGAUUAAGAUGCGUAUUUAGUUUGUUAGUUUUUGAAUGAUUUGUAUUCCCUGAGUUACCCAUGAAGAGUUUGGUAGAUUUGUACUUUACUUGUAAGAGAGAGUACGGUCUAAGCAGUGCUUUUAAAUAAAUAAAGUUACGACGUAGUGUUGAAUUAAUUUGCUUUGGCGACGCAUGAUUAUUACUUUGCAGAGAGAGAGAGCGAGCGAGCUGCCUGCUGUCGCUAGUGUGCUUUGACCACGACUCUAUAGCUAAUCAUAUCUUACCCGUACGUAAUUCUAUAUUUUAUAUAAACUGCUUUCACAAGUGUGGAGGUCCGCACAUUAAUAAAUGAAUAAACGCAACUCCCCGUGCACGUUCCAUUCGUACGCAGCGGCGCGCCAAUCUCAGUAGAGGUCGGCUUGUGUACACGUGGCCGUACGACCCUCGUCUCUUCACAUCAUCACCGUCAUCAUCUAACAUCAUCACCGUCAUCAUCUAACAUCAUCAUCAUCAUUGUCGGCAUCGUCUGUUACAUCUAAGGAGUUGCCACCUGACCCGGGCGGGGUUUGACCCACGCAGUCCGGGGAACAUCUGUGCGUCAGGGGACUGCACCAAUUGAUCUGUACCGAGAUCUGGUACCGGUGUGUUUGCCGCGUUGAACUUCACUGCGAAAAUGCUGCAGCGCAGAUUUGAUAACAGCGGACCUCGUGCCGACCGAGUUUGAUCGACAGUGGAUGAAGGUGGCAACUCGAGUCACAUGAUCAGUAUCGUCACACGAAGCGCCUUAACCCACGAGCCUUAGAACUCGCGGAUACCGGGAAGAUCCACGGAUCGAUCCUGGGUGGCAGAUAAUUGAGAGUGUGAGUGAUAUGACAGAUAAGAGAGGUUUCACUGUAUAUCUGUGUUUCUGUGUGUACACUUAUUUACAAUGUGUACACGAGGUGGUGGUGCUGCUUAAUUUGAGGGCCCUGAGCAGAUAUAAUUCCCCCCCCCCCUUCAAUGAAUAUAAAAUCCAAGUGGGAUGACAGAAGAGAUCUAAACAAGAGUUUGAGAUGGAGUGAGAUGGAAGUAGACAAUGCAGAGAUAUAGUGAGAUGAGCAGAGAGAUGGAGUUCCAGGGUUUGUCAAUCAUCCGAAGCCUUCGUGGGUUUUCGUGAGCUCUGCCGGUUUUUGGAUCGUUGACGUCAUCAGCGGUGAUUUACACCGACGAAGAGAAGUGCAGCGCCGUCCUGUUUCCACGUUAUGAAUAAGAUGCUGUGGUUUAGUGCAUCGGGGGAACGUUUGGCUCUCCAGACAAAUAUUACCAAAAGCAGCUCUGGUCGAGGAGAGCAAACUCUGGGUCCGGUGUCUGCCUCCUGGGUCUCAUCAGCACAAACAAAACGGUGUUCUGCUUCUACUGUAUUUGCCUUUACCCGUGACGUUCCAUGUUACGGUCUCGUGCGUCGCGUCGUUAUAAUAAUAGUGAUGAUCAUUUAGUUUUCGAUCGCUCUUGAAGUGAGAGAGAAAAUGAUUGAGAGGUGUGAGACACCACAGACGAAGCAGGAAGGGCAGCCGGAACAACUGGCACGAUUGCCCAAACUCUGUGGUCCCAUAUCGGGGUGUUUUUCUGGCCAGCUCCGUUAUUGGAGGAUGCAUCACUGCCACCGCGUGCCUUGAGGCUGGCGAGGCGGCUCGGCAGCGGGCUUCCUCGCAGGACGAAGCGGAGCCGCCGCGGUAUCGCUGACGCCCGCCCCAGCAGGCGCGGACGGAAAACCAGAACCUGACGAAACGGUGAAAUUUGUUCAUCUCCGUGACCACUAUCUCGUGAUGUGACGCGCACGCGCUCGUGUUACGGUUGAGCCUUUGUUCUGGCAAACGACGCGAGCUUUGUACGUCGAGGAGUUCCCAAGAGUAAAAUAAAUGUCACUGUAGUCCA